UUCUCAUCUCGGUUACCUUCCUAUUCCGUGCUACUAGAUUAAUGGUCGCGCUAGCCCGUGCCGUGUCGGAUCGUCUUGGGUCGUUUCUGCGUAAAUACAUUUGUCUGGCCGCCAAACGGGUGUACCAAUGGAUGCGAUAGCGUGCGCGAUGUAAUUGAACGCACGAGCCACGAAGCUGCGACGAAAAGCGGCUCGCUCUCGCUCUACAUGCCGCGGAAUUGAAGGAAGUCGUCGACUGCGCUUUCGAAAACACCCUGGAUACCGUACGGCGUCGUUGGGACGCUUAGGAGGAGUAUCUACUGGCACUGUAUGUGCAUCAAGUUGUAGCAUUUCGUAUCAGAAGCGAUAUCAAGAUGGCACCGGUACCUUUGGAGGGUCAUCAAACUCCCGUCACGAACAACAUACCGCAGGAAGGCAAUCGUGGCGGCUCCAUAUCCUUGGGCAUGCUCAUAGAUUUUAUCAUCCAACGAACGUAUCACGAGCUCACCGUUCUCGCUGAAUUGCUACCUCGCAAAACGGAUAUGGAACGCAAGAUUGAAAUUUACAAUUUCUCCGCCCGAACGAGGCAGCUGUACGUUCGCCUAUUGGCGCUGGUGAAAUGGGCGAAUAGUGCGUCGAAAGUCGACAAAUCUACACACAUUAUGGCGUUCCUAGAUAAGCAGUCGUUACUUUUUGUCGAUACCGCGGACAUGCUGGCGAGGAUGGCUCGUGAAACCUUGGUGCACGCCAGACUUCCGAAUUUUCAUAUUCCCGCCGCCGUGGAAGUCCUUACCACCGGGACGUAUGGUAGAUUACCGGCUUGCAUUCGAGAGAGAAUAGUGCCUCCGGAUCCCAUCACUCCUACAGAAAAGAGAAGUACUUUGCAGAGAUUGAAUCAAGUUAUUCAACACAGAUUGGUCACCGGAAACUUGCUGCCACAGAUGCGUAACUUAAAAAUCGAGGCAGGAAGGGUGACGUUUCUUGUCGAGCAAGAGUUUUCGGUGUCUCUGACGGUCAUGGGUGAUGGACCGGCAGUACCCUGGAGAUUGUUAGAAUUGGAAAUUCUGGUCUCGGACAGGGAGACCGGCGAUGGGAAGGUAUUGGUACAUCCUUUGCAAACCCGAUAUGUUCACCAGGUUGUUCAAUCGCGACUGGCUGAAAGUACUAAUCCACUGUCGGAGGUGUAUCACAUCUUGCAUUACUUCUGUCAGUCGUUACAACUAGAAGUUUUGUAUUCUCAAACGUUAAGGCUGAUCCGCGACAGAUUGGACGAUCAUAUUCACGUGGACGAAUACACGCCUGGCAAAUGUCUCUCCGUAUCUUAUUGGAGGGAAUUAACGAGUAAGGAUCCACGAUCGGAGCUUGGAUACAAAUUAACCGUUCAAGUGGAUCAACACGACCCUGCGAGGCCCCUCGCAGUUGUACAUAUUCCGUCGUUGGGUAGUAAGGAAAGCGAGAUAGCGCACAGAGCCAUCAGGUCGGAUCAGUUGUCAAUGGAAUGUUUACUUGUGCAUACCAUUUACAUUCGUACGCGAAGUCGUUUGUCCGAUUUGAAGCAAGAGCUACAAACGAUGCUGAAGGAUGUUGAGUGUACCUUAGCGGGAUCUCCAGCUAUUCUAUCAGUACCUAUAUUGCAACCAUGCUUACGUGCCGAGCUUUUGCUAGUCACAGUCGACACUCAUACCGGUAUGCUACAGUGUCACGUUCCUCAAUACGACGCACCGCUUGUUCCAGAAUUAACAACUGCCCUGAACGGGGAUCAUUCGCGUCUUCCGACACUUAUAUCUGAAUUGAGAUUCUGGAUAACGCAGAGACGUUGCGAAAAAACGUUGCAGCAUCUACCAGCUACCUCGCACGAACGUUUGCCUGUUUUGCAUCAUCCGGAUCAUCCUAUGUCUAAGAUUAGUCGACAUCGGAUGUUCGUACAAUUGCACAGACAUCCUACAGUCAUAUUGAUUGUCGCGUUCAAAGAGAAAGAAAGCUCGCCAUGCGAAAUAGAGUGCUCUUUUUAUCUCGCUGUAGUGAAGCACAGUUCCAUCGAAGAUGAUCCGCACGAUGAUAGUAUAGAAACGGAAAUACCGAAAAUGUAUCUCAAGGUCCAAAGCCUUAUUGAGUUUGACACUUUCGUAAUUACACAUGGCCCGUUUACAAGUGUCGAUAGUGGGAAUAAUGAUCAAGAUGGGGGGUGCAUUACAGAAGUGGUGGAGACGACCAACAACAAACGUAGAAGCACCGGAGUCGGGGGAAGGACAGACGCGGCAGGAACGCCACAGAAUAGAAGACCAAAACAUCCGGCUUACUUUAUUCCGGAGUUGGCGCACGUCGUCGCCUUGUGCGACGAGCGUAUACCGUUCGUAACUCUAGCUCAAGAACUUACUAGACGAGAGAUAGCCCAUCAAGGUCUCCAGGUUGAGGCAAAUGCCACGGCAUUGGUGCUCAAACUUGUUCAAUUACCUGCGCCAUUGCCGACCACGGCUACGAGCAGCGCUUGGCAUGCUCUUCUUAAGAGGCUCCUGAGCGUCUCGAUUAGAGUUCAGGGCAAAGGCAUGGCUAAAACUUGGACGGUGGAAUUUGUAUUUUGCGGUAGUCCCCUCUCUAGCAGUCAUUCCAAAGAACAAGGUUUACGAAGACCAGUCUAUUUUCAAUACGAAAUGGGUACGGCCGAUACCGUCUCCCGCACUGUAGAUGCCUUAUUAAACGAUUGGGCACAGAUAGUGCAUUUGUACUCGAUUGUCUCCGAUUUAGCUGAAUAUUUCAAAAUGGAGAAAUACAACUUGCGCAACAUGGUUAGCGUUAAGUCUUACAGCUACAGCAAGCUGGUUCUCGCGUAUGGUCCAAAUCAAGGUGCAACUGUGACUGUACAGUGGAGUACAAACGACAAGGCUUUCAAGCUGGUAUUUGGUAGAAGUCCAACGAGCACGGUGUUCAACGCGCAUUCCAUAGUGAAGGAACAGCUAGAGGCUCAUUUGAAUAGAUAUAUGAAUCUGGCACAAAUUAUUUAUAUACUUAACGAAACGCUUCAGCCGCUCACGUCGAUCAAUAAAUUACCGUCGAUCCCUCAGUUAUGCGUGCAUGCGAGACCACGAGUGCCGGUACAAACGUUUACUGUUAUCCCACAAUGUGUCACUUUAGUAAGGAUAGCGUAUCAAGGAAUGUAUUGUUUGGAGUUGCGUAUGCGAAGCGGAGGUCUGGUGAGUUUACGCGACGGUGCUUACAGUCGUUUUGACAGAAGCAACGUCGUCGACGAGUUCACACCUACGCAAGGCCUAAAGGCAUUCCUGUCGAAAUAUGUCGACGAGAAUGCGGUAUCUAGAAGGAGGUCUCAGUCGGAGGACGAUAAUCCACCGUCGCCCGUCACUAUGGACAGCGACGGUGCUGGAGGCAACGUGGGCUUCUUAGGUCAUCAUAGAAGCGGGCCGCAAUCGCCCGCCCAACAACGCGAGGGGCUGAGAUUUCAUCCGCCGCUCACACCACCGUCCGGUAGUAAUCCUCACACACCAGCAAGUCCUCAUACUGCAAAUAUAUCCCAGGCAAAUCAACAUCAAAGUUUCGGAAGCAGUCCUGCGACUUCAUUUAAUUUAGCAUCUCCGCCGUCGUUACCGCCAAAUACACCUAAUAUGUUACCACACCCGUCUCCUGGUUCAGGACUCGUUGCGAAUAGUCCUCUAAAUCCGAUGCAUGUUCCUAGUCCGGCUGGUCUCAUGCCAACGUCAUCGCCUGGACCUUGUAGUAAUGUUCAAGUAGGGCACUCUCCCGCUGGAUCGUUCAUGCAAACAGGUCAUAUCGACGGCAGUCCUUUCCCGGCUUCUCAAAGCAUGGCUUCCCCGGCUGCUUCCAACUGGCCUGGAUCUCCGAGUGUACCAAGGCCUUCUCCUGCAAGACCGGGACAAAGUCCUGGUCACGUGGCGAUGCACAGCCCGCAAGCCUCCGAUCACAAGACUGGUAGUCACAUAUCCAGAGUAUUACCGCAGAGAUCCUGGGCAGGUGCCGUGCCAACGCUUCUCACGCACGAAGCCCUAGAACUGCUUUGCUGCCCGUCCCUCCAUCCUUCCAACUUACCGGGUCCAGAUAUGUCGCCGCUCGAGAGAUUUCUGGGCUGCGUCUACAUGCGAAGACAACUGCAACGCUUCAUCCAGACGGAUGAUUGCUUAACUGGUAUGAAUGCCGAGCCUGGUGUGGUACAUUUCAAAGCCGAGAGCUUGCAAUGCAGAGUCGGAUUAAAUCCGCAACAUUUCCAAUCUCUUCACAUCAAGGUUCUCUCGCUUCCGGAUUAUAAAGAUCAAUGGAGCCUAGAAGAGUUACAGAUUAUUGAAAAGUUCUUCGAGACUCGAGUGGCCGCCCCGCCCUACAAACACAACACGCUGUCUGGCUUCGGGAGGAUGCUUAAUGUACGUUUUAAAGUGUUGAAGGACUUUGUGCAGAUAAUGAAGCUGGAGCUAGUUCCCGGUCUUGUGCAGCAACAGCAGUUGAAGUGGUCCGUGCAGUUGUGUUUGCGUAUCCCGCCUUCCGCUGGGCCAAUCGUGCCCCCUGGUACGGAAGGAGUACACGUUUGUAGGAGCAAAAUUCUAUUUUUCUUACAAAUAGUAAGAAUAGGUGUAUCGUAUCAAGGAGAGCAACCGUCCUUGGUACUGCCGUUCGUUUACGAUGUCACUACGAAUUUAACGCAACUAGCUGAGAGAAGAGAUCUCAGUCCACCUCCAUCGGCGCUCGCGUCGGCAUCCAUGCAGCUCAAGAGAUUCGCCGAGUAUGGUGCCAAUCAGUCGGAAUGCUCGUUGUUUCCAGCUGUACGGGAUCUAUUAGCUAAUUUCGUAUUACCGACGGAUCCGCAAGUUAUGUCACAGUCCCCCGCGGGAAAUCAAGUAGCCCCUGUACAGCAAAUGCAGAACACAGCAAUGCAGAUGCAUUCGCCCAUGGCAGGUGGCCAAGGUCCGCCGCAGGGACCAUACGGAAUUCAGGCCAUACAGCCGAUGGGUAUGAUGGGCGGACCGCCUCAAUAGGAUUUGCUUUACUCUCCUAAUCCCCUUUGUCUGCCGAAUCAUCCAACGUGGAUGAACUAGAAAUGUAAACGUCACCUCGAAGAAUUCGCGGGAUAAUUCGCCCGCGCUAUUCUAACACGAGAGGAUUUACAUUUCAUGGGGUAUUUUAGGAGAGAGAAAACUGUGACGUUCGUUGCACGUCUAAUCCAACGAAGAUAAAAAAUGGACAACUCUAAUAAAGUAAAAAAAUAUUACGAAUGUUCUCUACGUGAGUAACGCAUAUUCGAUACCUGAAUUUGGUGCUGUAGAUAUGUGCUUUGUAUUUUAACAUCGUCGUUAGCAAAUUUAUUGAACCAAAUGUAAAAAAUGUAUCAUAAGAAUAGUAUUAGAUUAUAUUACUUGACGUAACUGAAUUAAAAAAUUACUAUAGCUGUACUUGCCAAAAACAAUUCUCUUUUAUUUAAAUUCUGCUUCAUAUCAAAUGAUAUUCUUUGGUAAAAACUAUCUAUAUGCAAAUAUAAAAUGCGGAUCUAUUAAAGCAAGUAUCUUUUAUAACAUAAAUUAUAAAAUGUGAAUACGAAAUAAUGAUGUUGCAAAUAAAAAACAUAUAAAUAUGCGAAAACGUGUAAAAAUGUUCAUAAGUACAUUGGAUGUAUUUAGGACGAGUCCGCGUACUGCGGUUUCGAAUAUAGUAUGUGAACAACGAUUUUAUCGGACGUACAAUUUUUAUAUACACAUAUAAAAGUUGCAUACUCUAUAAUCAGCAUGUUUGAUAAUGUUAUAAUAAGCUGUCUGUAUUUAAAUGUUUCUGUGUCAAAUUAAUUUAAAUAUCUUGCAUUCGUGUCCACAUCUGGGAUCGAUUGAUUCUUGAUGUGACCGCAACGAAUCGAUAGAAGAAAACAAUUCGCAUUACACAUUUUAUCUGGCAUUUAUGAAUAAUAUAUAUAAAAUUUUUAUUUUGGUUCUGUGUGUAUACAGCUUCUUUCUUUUUUUACAAAAAACAUAUAAUACUCUUAACAAAAAUCAAUCGUACUAUAUUCUUAAUAUAUGCAAUUGUACAGUACUCAUAGUUAAUAAUAAUGUAUUGGAAUACAACUGUAUAUCUCAAUAAUCGCAUCUCAAAUAUAUACACUUUUUAGGUCAGGUA